CUCCCCCUGUUAAGUAGAUCUCUGGAACACAGUGUAAAGGUUUAAACACCCACCCAGCCUUCUUUUCGGACCCAAAAAUAAAAUAAAAAUGGAGCAAGAAGAGGAGCAUAGCAGGUCGGACAAUUGCCCCAUAUGCCUCUCACCCAUUCUUCAAGAAUCUUACUUGGAUCAAUGUUUCCAUAAAUUUUGCUACAAUUGCAUCCUGCAAUGGGCGAAAUUUGUUCGGAGUAAGCAUUCCCCUCAACAAUCUUUUGUAAAGUGUCCCCUUUGUAAGAGGAAAAGUUCAUCUGUUAUAUAUGACUAUGAUGGAAAUUCUUUUCAACAACAUCUUAUUAAUCAGAAUUCAGAGACUAGCAACUUCUUUACAAAAGCCCACAAGUACAGAUUGCAGUGCUAUUAUGUUCAGUCAGGUAAUUCAAUCGGUAAUAUCAACAUAACGCGGUAUUGGAAGUCUAAUAAAUACCGUCAACCAAACCAGUGGCUAUAUCGCUGGGUGAGCAGAGAAAUUCAAGCUUUGAUUCAGGAGAAAGACGUCGAUAUAAUUGUGCAUCACAUUGUUGGGGUCAUUGAUUCAUGGAGAAGAAAUGAGCCAAAAGGGUGUAAAAUUUCACCUGAAUUGAAACAAGAAGAGUUCAAGAGAAUGGUAGCGGAUGCUGCAAAACCUUUCUUAAGAGGGAGAACCGAUCGAUUUGUGAACGAGCUGGAAAUGUUUGUAGCUUCAGAAUUGAAUAUUGAAGCAUAUGAUAAAGUGUAUGUCAACCAUUUGGGAUGGAAAAUUCCUGAGAUAAACAAUGACGAUGAUGAAGAAUCUGAAGAACGUGACCCGUUGAUUCCGUUAUUGUCUUUUUCUGAGGAGGAAAUAGAUGAAACUGCUUGAAUUUGUAGCAAAAGCACAAGUUUUUUUAGGUUACUGUAAAAACUUUGCAUUGAUCUUUAAUGAAAUUGAUGAUAAUUUUACCGUUUAUAA